AUGGCGGAAGAUUUGGUAUUGGACACCGCGAUCAGAGACUGGGUGUUGAUACCCCUAUCGGUGGUUAUGGUGCUAAUCGGAAUCCUUCGUUAUUUCGUAUCCAAGCUCAUGCGCUCCUCCAAUCAAGUUCCCGAUCCCAAAAUGAUCAAAGAAGGUCAAGUGGUAAUUAGAGCACGGAAUCUGAGGGCAGCUGCAAAUUUUAUACCCGCUAAAUCAUUUCGUUCUCGUAGGGUUUAUUUCAGCAAUGAGGAGAAUGGAUUACUUUAUGUACCCAAGGGCCAAGCUCAAAAUGCGCAGGCACAGAUGUUCUCUGAUCCAAAUAUGGCCAUGGAUAUGAUGAAAAAGAAUCUUUCAAUGAUUAUACCACAGACACUUACAUUUGCAUGGGUUAACUUUUUCUUCUCUGGAUUUGUGGCAGCUAAGAUACCAUUUCCACUUACUCAGAGGUUCAGGUCAAUGUUACAAAAUGGUAUUGAUUUGAGUACUGUUGAUGUUAGCUAUGUCAGCAGUCGCUCAUGGUAUUUCCUCAAUCUAUUUGGGCUGAGAGGUCUAUUCAGUCUUAUUCUGGGAGAAGAAAAUGCAACUGAUGACACACAACGCAUGAUGCAAAUGAGUGGUUUUGGAUUUGAUCCGACAAGGAGUUUGGGCGCAGAGAAAGACAGUCUAGACAUUGUUCAACAUGAAUGGGCCUUGCCGAAAUUUGAGCAGCGGGCAGAAGCUGUGUUGAAGAAACUUGUCAGUUGA